AUGACAUCACAUGCGGAAGAGCCUCGGAAUCGCGGGGUUAUUGCUUCGUUUUAUUACGGCCUAGGACUUUUUUGCAGCACUUACCCUUUUUCCGUCAUUGGUUUUGUCGGUAUCAUCUUUAUAUUAACAUGCCUGCCUCUGUACAAUUUGACGUUGGCCAUAUCGCCUCAGCUGGUGUGGACUUCGCCCGAGAACGCUUCCGACCUGGAACAACCGUUCUGCUAUAUUCAACAGGUGGUGAUCAGGGUUGCCGUGUUGCCAUGGGAACAGGAACUGACGCUGGCCGACGCUUUUCGUGCGCCGCUCUACGAAGCGUUCAAACUGCUCGAGGUCGUGAGAAACUAUGAAGACACCACCAGUUCAAAAACUUUGGGUCAUUUGUGCGUUCAUAUAGAAUCAACAAAGAAACAUGUAAACGACUAUAGCAGCAUUUUACCACAAUACAGUUGUUUGGUCCUGUCUCCUGCAAAUUUGUGGAAUCAAGAUGUACAAAAAUUUACCAGUGAUAAUUCCUUACUUACUACAAUUUUUAAUCAUCACAGUUUUCAAAAGGGAAAAACCUCGAUUUCAGAAAUGCUAUUCGGCAUGCACAUUGUAGACACUGGAAUAAAACGCUAUCCCUUUCGAAAUAGGCAGAGAAUUAUACAAUAUGCCAUCACUUUGUUUUUUAAAGAAUACGAUUCAGAAUUUAUAAACGGACUAAAACAAAAAUUAGUAUCACUCUACCCUCUUCAUCAAAACGACGUUAAUGCAAUAGAAAAAGUGAAUCUUUAUAAUGAGACUUUAUUGAUACAAUACCCAGGCGAAAUAAACUAUUUGGAACUUAUACCGCUGAUAUGUGCUCUUAUAGUACUUUUCAUGUACUACUAUUUGACAGUGCGCAAAAUCGAAAUAAUUAAGUCCAAGGUGGGCAUGGCAUUUACGGCGACUAUUACAGUAUUUUGCAGCUUAACAAUGACGAUAAGCAUUUGUUUUUUCUUUGGACUUACGCCUGCUUUACACGGAGGAAAGGCCAUAUUUCCAUACUUGGCUAUAAUAGUGGGUUUGGAAAACAAUUUGGUUCUAACUAAAAGUGUUGUAUCAACCCCUAACCAUUUGGACGUAAAAAUUCGAAAAGCACAAGGUUUAAGCAUAGAGGGUUGGGCAAUCACUAAAAAUAUACUUUUGGAGAUUACUAUUUUCACAUUUGGUUUGUUCACGUUUGUUCCGCCAAUUCAAGAAUUCUGUAUCUUUGCCAUUUUUGCUUUAAUCACUGAUUUCUUUCUGCAAUUAUUCUUCUUUUCUACAGUUUUGGGUAUAGACAUAAGUCGUUCAGAAAAUUGCUCUGACAAAGCCAAUCAUAAUUUUAGAAAUACUAUGUAUCAAAAUCAAAUGUUUCUUGAUAAAUUCAAAGCCAAAAGUAUAAAUCGUUCAAAAUCACACCCUAAGCUAUCAACGUUUCCGGCAAACAUCGUAGCAGGACAAAUGCAAAAUUCUCAGGAAAAGAAAAUUCCCAAACGGUUAAUUUUGGUUAACAUCUGGGCGAGAACAAGAUUCUUUCAAAAGUCCAUCAUGGUAUUAAUGGUCAUAUGGAUCUCCAUGAUAGCAUACAACAGCGAUAUCAUAAACCAAUUCAUUGUCACCAACGUUUUAAAUGACAACCAAAGAGAUCAAAACCACUCGAAUCUCGAACCAACCUAUUCCACCAUAAAAAUGUACCCGAUAUUAACGUCAAACGAGUCCUUCGACAGAGUGAAUUACGUCACCUAUAACCCGCUACAAACCGACUACAAACAAAAUCAAAGUCAGGAUUUGAACAAAUUAAAACAUUUGGAAUACUCGCCGUGGUUAAAAUUAUCCACUCAACAUUGGCCGUCGAUCUUCAAAAGAUAUAACAUGAGUUUAAGUGGCCAGGUGGUGGCGGUGUUGCCAAACAUUAAACUUUCGCAUGUUAUCACACCUGAGCAGGCGAAAUUGAUGAGAAAUCCUGAGGAGAAGUAUGGAGAUAAGUUUCAGUGGCAAGCCCUUGCAGCAGCAUUGGACCCAAUUGAUUUUAACGAUGUGGAAAAGAGCGCUAACCGUUUGCCUCAAUCAGAGCAACCCUUCUACCCCACCUCUCCAAUGGAGAUAGCUCUAACAAUGAUCUUAUGUUUGAUUAGCGUUCUUUUCUUGGCCUACUUAUUCGUGCUUCUCUACAAGUGCAUUUGCUCGAGAAAUUACGCAGAAUGGAGGGCGUCCUGGUACAGCGAGAGAAAAGAGGAGUCGUCCGACGAGCAGGUUCUUCUGGAAGCGGUACCAGUGGUCUUGGAAGGCCAUCAACAAGAGAUCGAGUGCAUAGCAACGGACGGUAUGAAUUUGGUGAGCGCGUGUCUCAACGGCCAACUGAAAGUUUGGGAUAACAAUACGGGCGAAUUGAUGUGCCACAUAGAUAGGAAAUCGUAUUUCUGCGGCGAUAAGCUCGAGGAUUUAUCCAUUGAUAACGACGAUUUGUCGGAUUACGAAUCGGGGUCGCCGCCGUCGCGUUACGACAGUUUUCCUCGAAUCAAGAGCAGAAUCAACACUGACUUUACUUUGACAAAACGUGGUUCUCUCGAUGCCAAAUCCGAUUUCAUCCGAUCUUACAGGCACUUUUAUCUGAAGGAUGACGUGCCGAAAGUACGAAACCGUCCGAAAAACAACGAAGUGUACAGCGAAAUUAACCGAGAACGUUUGCAGAAAACGUACAGUAGUGAGACAAAUAGUGAGGCUAGUUUAAGAAAUGACAGUAGUUGUAGCAAUAAUUCCCUAAUGCGCGCUUUAAGUGACAAUAGCUCCAAAUUAUCGCAGAUUUGGUGCAUAGACUAUUUAGACAAUUUAAUUGUUAUCGGCUGUGCAGACGGCAGACUGGAAUUCUGGGAAGGAACUACAGGGAAACUAAAAUGUAUAUUUGAAGAUGGCACAGAAUCGGGCAUUAGCCAUUUGAAGAUAGUAGGAUCAAAAAUAGUUGCAGCGCGAUUGUGUGGAAGUCUGGAUCUUUUCCAUUUGCAAACAUACAAUCAGGGUAGGCCAGUAGACUGGAAUUUUACUUGUGCUUACAGAAGAACCCAUAUUAGAACCGGAUCAAUGGGUUCCAUAUCUGACAGAGAUCUCAAUGGCCAACAUCACACCGACGAAGAUUUUCGUUGCUUAAAACUGGCAACAAUCAAAAGCCAUCAGCAGCCAAUCACGUGUCUGGAUUGCGAAGGCGGUCGAAUACUCAGCGGUAGCCAGGACCACACGUUGAAAGUGCACAGACUGGACGACGGUAACCCCAUGUACACCCUGCACGGACACUGCGGCCCCAUCACUUGUUUGUUUAUUGACCGAGUUAACCCGACAACGUCCGGUAGCGGGUCGCAAGACGGCAUGCUCUGUGUAUGGGACCUAUUGACAGGAACAUGCAUGUACAACAUAGAGGCUCACAACGGCAGCAUAAUGUCGCUUACGUACUCGGCCAGCUACGUGAUAUCGCUCGGUAGCGACGAACGCCUGUGCGUGUGGGAGCGAUUCCAAGGGCAUCUUCUCAACACGAUCAACAUACCGCAGGCAUUCUCGAAUCAUGUGCUCAUGCUGGCGCCCCAUCUGGUGAUGACCGCGCGAAGCGGCGGACUGGUAGUAUGGGACGUGCGCAGCGGCGACUGCGUGCGCACGAUCGCCCUGGGGCGCUCGCCCUACGUUUUCAUCAAUCAGCUGAUAAUGUUGCGCGACGCCGUGCUGUGCGAUUUUGGGACGCAGCUGAGGAUCGUCAGGUUUCCCCUGAUAACGCACAAGUUUGAAUAG